UUUGAGAAAGAACUCAGCUACAAUUGCCCGGCCAAUCAUGUGGUUGCUGGCGUCUUCAGCAAUUACAACAACGUAGAAGGAGGCAGAAGUUGGAAAUUCCUCUGCUGCUCUGCUCCAAACUUGAUAACAUUUGAAUGUCGUAAAACUCCGAUGGUCAACUACUGGAGCGAAGACUUCAACUGGCAACUUCCUGUAGGCCACUUCCUCACAGGAGUCCAGACCCACCUCAAGAACAAUGACAAUGGAGAUCAUCGCUGGAGUUUCAAUUUCUGCAAAGGAAAAACACAAGAUACCCAGACAGUGAACUCACAAAUCCUCACAGCAAACCAACAAGUAGAAGACAAUUUAGUAGAAGGAGAUGUUUUUGUCUCAAACACGAGGAAUGCAAGAAUCUGUAAAAACUGCAGAUGGCCAAAGUUACUGAAGACAGUUAAAGUUCCAUAUGUCCUGAGUGGUUCCUUUACCCGUCCAGAAAAGAUCCAGAUUGAAAAUGCAAUCAGCGCCUUCCACAUGAGCACCUGCAUCCGGUUUGUUACUCGUACGGGCCAGACCGACUACAUCAGCAUAGUGAAACUCAACGGAUGUUGGUCGUGGGUUGGGCGAACUGGAAGGUCCCAAUAUUUAUCUCUGGGUACAGGAUGCCUUCAAAAGGGCAUCAUUCAGCAUGAGCUCAUCCACGCACUCGGCUUCUGGCACGAGCAAAGUAGAAAUGACCGGGACGCUUUCAUCAGGAUCAACUUUGGAAACAUCCUGAAAGGACGAGAAAGAAACUUUAAGCGGAUGGACACAAACAACCUCAAUGUCCCAUACGACUACACCUCUGUAAUGCAUUACGCACCCAAAGACUUCUCAAAGAAUUCAGGAGAUACCAUCACUCCCAUCGACGCCUCAGCACAAAUAGGCCAGAGGGACGGCAUGUCAGAGAAUGACAUUCUGAAGAUCAACAAGCUGUAUGUCUGCACGGAUUACCUCCCUGCAUUCAGCGAGUGGGACAAUACGUUGGGGAACACGUUCAGUCACACUUGUCCUAACGGCCAAGCUGUAUCUGGCAUUACAAGUCUCUACAAUAACGACAAAAAAGAUCGACUUUGGGCGUUUUCGUGCAAGGCUUUCAACUUAAAAAGAACCUGCAAGUGGUCGAGGCCUGUGAACGAACAUUGGGCAUCAAUGAACUUCAGAUGUGGACAAAAUGAAGUGAUCGCAGGCGUCUACAGUGAUCACAGCAACCUCUUCCAGGACAGGAAAUGGAGCUUUAACUGCUGCAGUUCUCCUGGUUUUAUCACAUCCGACUGCCAAACAGUGAAGGACGUCAACUACUACAAGGAAUACUUCAGCUGGACGGUCGCCAGCAACCACUUCCUGACCGGAGUGACAAGCUCCUUUGAUAUAAACACUCGUGACCGUCGGUGGAGUCUGAACUACUGCCAGGGCAACGGUCAUGAAGCAUGAAUGAGAAGAUGUAAUAAAGUGAUUGCUGUUGCAUCUCCACUGUGUGCUGUGAGCUCUGAUGUAAACCUUCUAAAUGUAUAUGUGUGAGCUGCUGCUG